GCCAGAGUUGGGAGAACGACACAAGGGCGUGCAGAGAGAGAGAGAGGGUAGAGGGUUUUAUAUAUAGCGAUAGAGAGAGGCGAGACGGGGAGCGGUGAUCGAGAAUAAGGGAGCGCAAACUCGAGGGGGACUCUAGAGAGAGAGACAAGGGAAGAGGAAGGUGAGGAAGAGGAGAGAGAGGAAGAGGAGAGAGGGGAAGGUGAGGAAGAGGAGAGAGAGAUAGGAAGGUGAGGAAGAGGAGAGAUAGGAAGGGCUACACGGCGGAGGGAGCCGGCGGGAGUGAAGGCGCAGGAGGAGGAGGAGCUGCCACGCUCCCAAGUUCCCCGCCUGGCAGAGAGGGGCCCUCGGCCGUGGUAUGGGAGCCCGGGGCGACCGCUGGGCCUAGAGAUGGGGCCGCGCUCGCUGCUGCUCCUGCUGCUGCUCCUACUACUGCUGCUGCUGUGCGCGUCCGUGGCCGUGUCCCUGCAAGCAUCAUUUUAUGGAGCCAGCUAUGUGGAGCUGCCACUGGCAGAUGCAACGAGCCACAAUGAGAUCUACAUCCGCUUCAAGACCGCCAGGCGCAAUGGGCUGCUGCUUGCAGUGGGCGGGCAGACUGACUACAUCCUGGUGGAGCUGCGGUCGGCCCGCCUGCAGGUUCGGAUGGAUUUGGGUUCCGGGGAGGUGAUCCUGCUUUCUCAGCCAGGCCUACGUCUCAACAACUUCCUGUGGCAUGACCUGCAACUCACCCAGGAACGCGAGAGGCUCGUCCUCACCAUUGACGAGCUCUUUCCGCUGUCACUGCGGUUGCCAGGAACUCUCUUCGAGCUCAAUGUGCACCACGGAGUCUUCCUGGGGGGGGGCGCAGCCCGGCUGGAGCACCCCUACAUGGCGGGGGCCUCUCCCGGGUUUCGUGGAUGCAUUUCUGAUGCGGUAUAUAACCAACACGACCUCCUUUCAGUGCUGGCCGGCGAGGCUGAAGAGACGUACCUGGUCCACGAGGUGACGCAGGGCUGCAGCGAUGAAUUUUCUGCCUUUGAAGAGGAUCCCAUUCACUUCCUGAACCCUAGGUCGUACGUGGCAUUUGAUACAUGGUCAGCCCGGGAGGUGGGGGUAUUUGAAUGUGUGCUGCAAACUGUGCAUCCGCAAGGAGUGCUGCUGUACCACAGCAACAGGCAGACCGACUUCAUUGCCAUGGAGAUAGUGGAUGGCUAUGUCCAAGCCCUCAUUGACAAAGGAAAUAGAAUUAGAAAAGUUAUAUCAAGUGUGAAGGUUGACGAUGGACAGUGGUAUAAAAUUAAACUCAACUUGACAAUAGCUGAAUUGCAACUCACCGUUGGAACUGAAACCGUUAAGACCUUCCUUGGUCACAAACGGAAAUAUUUGGACCUCACUGGUCUAAUGUUUGUAGGAGGAGUUGAGGAUAUCAACAUGGAGGAAAUUUUGACUCGGGGAAUUGUGUCUCUGUCAAGGCAGGGUGGACAUGGAAGCUCCUUUCAGGGUUGUAUGAGAGAUGUGAGGGUCAACCUACAAAAGCAGAGUCUCCAGGAUGCUCUAGUCACUCGAGAAAUAUCUAUAACUUGUGGAGAAGAGCUGGACGAAGAAGACCUGGACGAAGAAGAUCUUUCAAUAGACACCCCAGAUUUAUCGUUGAUUAGUCCAUCUCCUGCAGCUACUCUGCAUGGAAAUGAUAAUGAUGAUGACAAGGAUGAUGAAGUUGAUGAAAUGAAUGAGAUGCAGAACAGUGAUGCCAUAAUUGUCUUCCAAACAUUAGUAGUGCAGGAAGGUGGAGAAAACAUAUUGAAUUCUGACAAUAUAAACAUAACUGUGGACUUACACAAUGUGGGACUACGACAGUCCCAGAUAUUGUUCAGGAUAACCAAAGAGCCACGGCACGGUCUCCUGAAACUCGAUAUCCCAGGAGCCAAUGAGAGGAGGGCAUUCACUCUCCUUGAUAUUGGACACAGACGCGUCAUUUACGUCCACGAUGGCUCCGAAUCCCAUUCGGACAGAUUUAAAUUCCGUAUCCUCAUCCACAACAAAAAGGAGCUGCCUAUGUUUACAACUAAGGAAAAGGAGUACACCUUUAGGAUUUCUAUAAUGCCAGUCAAUGAUCCUCCAAAGUUGAACUUUCCAAAUGGUGACUUGUUCAUGUUGCUAGAAAACACAAGGCGUCAGAUCACAGAGAAUAUCAUGGAAGUGUCUGACGUGGAUUCGGAUGCGAGUAAUUCCUUUAUCCAUGUCACCGAUGGCUUGAGCUCAAACACUGGCUUCUUCUCAUACCGGGACUCCCCUCGUAUAAAUAUCACGACGUUCCGCUACUCGGAGGUUCAGAAGGGCGUCGUUUAUUACACGCACCGAGGGGAGCGCAGCACCCGGUUGGAGCUGCAGGCCAGCGAUAGAGAUCGCCGGAGGGGGAAGCCCAUCUGGCUCAGGGUUAUGGCCGUUCCUGUUGAGCUCAGCCUUGUGAACAACACAGGUUUGCUGGUAAACCAGGGCGACGCAGCCGUUCUGACAGCCGCAAAUCUCUCGGUGCACACAAACGCUGGCAAACAGCUCGUUGAUAUUUGGUUUACAGUUACCGAAGGGUGCAGUUACGGGAUACUACAAAAGCGCUAUUUGGGCAGAGAAUGGAGACGAUCUCACAAUUUCACUCAACACGAUCUGCAGCAAGCGCACAUUCGGUAUGAGAGCACGGACACAUCAUACCACUUUCAAAACAUCACAGACGGCUUUAAAUUUACCGUUACCGUUGGAGAGUUCACAACAGACGAACACGAAUUUAUAUUAAAUAUUUCACGUGGCACCAUAAAACUGAUUCGACAUGAGACUCUAACCAUUGCGAGUGAUAGGAGAGGAAACAUCACGAAAGAUCACGUUCUGGCGGCGGUAGGCGAUGGGCGCCCUCCAGGCUCCCCGCUUGUGUACACGGUGCUCACUCUACCGACGAGGGGCCGAUUGCUUUCCUCUCAAAACGGCCUCGAGCUCGAUUCCACUUUCACUCAGCUGGACGUUGAGCUUAACAGAGUUUCCUAUGAACUCUUUGGUAGAGCAAGGAGCGAUCAGGAGGAUGGCUUCCAGUUUAAAGUUAGCGCCGGUCAUAGCUGGUCCCCACGUUAUACGUUUCGUAUUAAAAUUGAGCAGGAUCCUUUGAGUGUCACUUUGAUAAAUGUGGGUCUAAGCGUAGAGGAAGGACAGAGCGUGCCGAUUAGCAGCCAAGGGCUCUUUGCUCGAUCCAAGGUCACCGACGUGUACCGCUUCCAUGUCGUGGACGGUCCGCACCAUGGGGUGCUGCUGAGAAACGACACUGCUGCCUCCACUGGGCUGGAGAAUGUCACACACUUUACAAACCAAGACAUACUGAACAAGCAGAUUGUCUAUGUGCACGACGACUCAGAAACUGAAAGAGAUCAGUUUGUAAUCGUAGCAUCUCCAGUGGGCAACAAACUUGUUUCUGACACAUUGCUAGCGUACAAUGAUUCGGAUGUCACUAAGCUCCGUAGCGAGGUUCAUAUCAACGUAAGGCCUAUAAAUGAUCAAAGGCCGGUGCGUGUUGUGGACAAGGCUUUCCACGUGGUGAGGGGUGGGAAAAGAUUGCUAACAACAGCAGAUGUGUGUUACCAUGACCCCGACUGGGAUUUUCACGACUCGAACCUGGUCUACAAACAGCAGAGCACAUUCAGUGGGCACCUCGUUUCAGCGAAUGACUCGGCUCACAACCUCACGGAGUUCAAACAACAAGACCUUGAGAAUGGCCUCGUUUUAUUCGUACACCGCGGAGGAGACGCGAGUCGUCUUGCGCUGACGGUUUCUGAUGGACUUCAUCGAGUGUCCGGUCUGCUGGAGAUCCGAGCUUCAGAAGCCUUCCUCGGAGUGACGAGUUCCACUGGUGUACUUGUAACGCAGGGGCAGAGCCGCGCCCUCACCGCACUUAACCUCGGCGUCUUCACAAACCUGGACAUCAGGCACGGGAACGAAAUCCAGUAUCGCGUGGCGACUGCGCCGACGCACGGCCAGUUGAUCAUCGGGGAGGUCGCCAGCGACUUCUUCACCCAGAGCGACGUCACCCGGGGCAGGGUGGUGUACGAGCACGCCAACGGCUCCGUGCCCAGGGACGCCAUCGGCCUGCGCGUGGCGGCGCACGGCCUGGAGACGCGGGCGGAGCUGCCGGUGCGCGUGCGGUUGGCGACGCACGGCACCGCCCCGGUGCUCGUGCACAACAGCAGCGGCGGCGGCGGCGUGCUGGUGGAGAGAGGCGGGGCGGUGAGGAUCACGGACAGCGCGCUGCUGGUCUCGCAUGAAGCCAGUCUACCUUCCGAAAUCACGUUCACCGUUAUAAGACCUCCGAAGCAUGGAUUUUUGAAGAAGCGAGAUGUGACCGUCCCAAAGUCGCCAACGCGGAAGCCCGAGGGCCUCGCGUCCUUCACCCAACAGGAGAUCAACGAGGAAAUGAUCGAGUACCUGCACACGGAGCUGCCUGCGACAGAGGAUUGCUUCACAGUGGACUCGUCCAAUGGCUUCAUGGAAUUACGUGGGGUGGACACGUGCAUCAGUGUUAUUCCAUCGGAGAUUGAGCUGACCAUUCAGAACCUGACCGUCGCCGAGGGAGGGUUGGCGAUCCUGACGCAAGACGGCAUAGCCAGCACAAAUCCCUUGUUUGACCGUCUGAGGCUGCACUAUGUCAUCGUGGAGCAACCCAAGCACGGACACAUUCAGAACGCUCGCAAACCGGACAUGCGGCUCGCCGAAUUCUACGGGUGGGAGGUGGCACAGGGUCUGAUGGAGUACGCGCACGAUGGCAGCGAGACCACCGGUGACAGCCUUGUGCUCAUGGCCAAUGACUCGCACCUGCACAAGCACAGCCGACCACUCACCCUGCCCAUUCUCGUGGUGCCCGUCAACGACGAGGCGCCUGCCAUCAUCGUCAACAAUGUGCUCAAGGUGUGGUUUGGCUCCGUGACCCCCAUCACUACAGCGGAGCUGAGCGCCCAGGACCUCGACUCGCCACCCGAGGAGGUGCUCUUCUCCAUCUCGCCCCCCGGCAGUGGAUACGUGGCGUUGGCUACCUUGCCCGGCAGGCCAGUGCUGAACUUCACGCAGGCAGACGUGCUUCUUGGGCGUGUACUGUAUGCACAUAGAGAUUCGAUGGAGGUGGAGUUUGCUUUCCACGUGUCGGAUGGGCAGCACAGGAGCCCGACGGAGGUGUUCCUCAUCACGGCGCAGCGCCUGCUCAUCACGCUGCAUGGAAGCCGUGUCCUGCAGCUCUACCCUGGUGCCGCGCGAACCAUUGGCAGCCAGGAGCUACGAGCGUCGACAAGCGACGAGGACCCAUUACGCCAUCGCCGCGUAUUGUACUCCGUCAGCCGGGGGCCUCGGAUGGGAGCGCUCGUACGCACAGAUGCCCCCCACAACAACCCCAUCUACAACUUCACGCAGGAUGAGGUCGACUCGGGGCUGGUUGCCUACAAGCACGGGGGCUUUUCGGAGCCGCGCUGGGAAGCCGAGGAUGACUUUGAGUUCACGGCGCUGUCACCCCCUGCACGGCCAGAGAAGCAGAACUUUCACUUUUCCAUCUCCUACCGGCACACGGACUCUGAGCACCGCAGCAGGCUGCUCGCCAACACAGGAGCAAAUGUGACACAAGGAGGAAGCGUCACGAUAGACAAGACGAACCUGGACGCAUCAAAUGUCCUGACCAAGUUUCCACCCGAUGAGCGAUUGGAUUACGAGCUCACUUUCUACGUGACGCGCUUGCCGGAGUUUGGCCAGCUCUCCGUCGGCGCCAGAAACAUCUCUCGAAGUCGACCGUCCUUUUCCCAGCUGGAUGUUGAGAGGCGUGGUCUCCAGUACACGCAGGACACGCGCGCGCUGUUUGGAGACGAAGGAGCUGCAGCUCCAUGGAAUUUUAAACGGAAGGAACCCGGCGCCGUAGCCUUUAGAGGAACCACUCGCAUUGCAGGUGACGGCACGGCAAACAAGGCAGGUUAUUUACUUCGCACUAAAAUGCACAAGGAGAUGGAGCUGAAGUUUUGGACCGACAGCUUCAACUUCAGUGUGCGGUUGACACCACGUGAUGACCAGGCAAAAGAAUCUGAGGACAUCAGUGUAAUCGGGGGAGAGACCUUUAUUAUUAGCAUUUUCCCAUUGAACAUUCACCCUCCCGUGUUCCAGAUGCAGCAGCCCACUCUCCAGGUGGUGUUGGGACAAGCAACGUUUAUUACAUCGUCGCAUCUGCUGACCACAGACAAAGACAACCAAGCGCAGGACCUCGUGUACACGCUGAUCACUCCUCCCAACAAUGGAUGGCUGGCCUUUGCAGACAACGCCACUGCCUCCAUCCAACAGUUUACUCAGGAGGACAUCGACACCAUGCAGCUUGUGUUCGUGCAGAGCGGCGGCUUGAGAUCAUCGGCUGGAUUUGACGUGAGCAUCAGUGAUGGGAAGCACCCUCCGCUUACCCAACGCAUUGUGGUAGAAGUAGUUUUGCCGUCCAUAUCUCUCUCGAACAACACGAACAUCACGAUCCUUCAGGGUCAAACAUCGGUAAACGUCACAAAUGCAAUGCUCGCUGCAGUUACAAACGUGAGAAAUGUGGCACUGCGCUACCGCAUUACAAAACCCCCAACACACGGCAUUUUAAUGAAACGCGGAACAUCCAUCGAUACCUUUGAACAGGAAGACAUCGAUGAAAUGCAUCUGAUGUACACCAUGGUAGACUUAACGUCUCCUAAUGAUAGCUUUGUGUUUGAGGUUCAUGCUCACAACGUGACCAUUUCUGGACAGGCAGUGAACAUCUUGGUCCAUCCCUUGGUUAAGAUCGGGCAAAGGCUGCAAAUCAGCCCAGGCAGUGAGGUGCAGCUCGGACAGGAUCACUUGGACUGCAGCACCCUUGCACUCUUGACUCAAAGUUCGCCCACAUUUCGCAUUAUUAAACACCCGCAGCAUGGCCAGCUCCUGUGGAAAAACACGACGCUCAGAGCGCCUAGGGAAACGGACAUCUCCCCGGUUACCCCGGGAGAUCGGCGCGUGAGGUCGCGUACGGCUGGGACGAGGGUGAACAAACGCGCGGAGCAGGUCUCGACUUUCACGCAAGACGACCUGCAUCGUGGGCGAGUUUUCCUGAAGGUGGCAGAGAGCAAUGUCAUCUUGAUUGACAAUAUGACGGCGGACCACUUCGAGUACGAGCUUUCGGCACGAGGAGUGCAGCCUGCCGUCGGGCAAUUUGUGUACGAGAUUGUAUUCCCGAGUCGCGAUCCAUUUUACGGCGUGCCGACGGCGCGGCUGUUUUUCCCUUUCAACGGUUCAAACCCGGCCGAUGUUAAUAUAACACAUUCAGUUGAAGGGUACAUAAUAAACGGAGUUGCAACAGAACAAGAUCUAACCAUGCCUACAUUUAGUGUGGAUUUAGAGAACCCAGCUCCAGGAACAUUGAACGAUUACUAUGGGGUUUCAGAGAAGACUCUGUAUUACAUAAUUCUUCCCACUUUAAUUUUAAUUGCCAUGCUGGUCAUCGUUAUCAGCGUCAUGAUCACAUACAAGAAGAAGAAAGCAAAGGGCCUGGGUCGGAGCUUCUCUUGCGGUUUCAAGGUGGGGAGGAUGGAGCGCUCCCCGGCCGUGCCGUCGGUGACCGUGACCCCCCUAGACCCGGGGCCUGCCGAGAUCUACCUCUACGAGCCGGUCCCUGACUCGUGCAUCGACGACGCGGCACUCCGCGCGCACGGCCCGGAGGCGACGCAGGGUCCGGCGCCCCCGGGCGACGACGACGACGACGACUCGCCGGGGGACGGGGACACCGACGUCUCUGCCGCGCCAUACGACUGGAGCCUCAUGGACCCGGAGCUGCUGCAGCACUACCGCACGAGCAGUCCCGUGCUCAAGGAGAGCCAGUACUGGGUGUGAGAGACCGCGCGUGGUUUCGCCCGCGCGGAGCGACCGACAUACGCUCGAUGGCUCUUUAUUGGGGGAACGCGCAUGCAACCGUCUUGUUGACAAGUGCUUCGCCAGAUGUGUGUGGCAUACACCUGCGGUCCUAGCAACAAGGAUUUGUGGUUGGUAGGUCGUGCUCAUAACGUGUGCAUGAAGUGUUCCCCUAGAACGGCUGUAAGAUGGCCAUAGAAGGCAACUUUGCAAAGUUUAAAUGUUAUUUUAUGCGUGCAUUUGCCAGUCUCGUUUCCUCGCACAUGCAAGAUUACUCAAAGGGAUCACCCAAGCAUUCCAAAAUGAAAAAGAGUCUCCGACCGAUAUGAAUUCAUCUGACAGUUUAGAUCACAUCCACCGUGGCUACAACUGUAGUUGUGGAGUAACCCCCCUAGUGCACCGUAGAUACGUGUUUUGUUACAAACAUAAUUUGGGUCAUUUUAAGAAUGCUCAUUUAAGACUAAUGACAAUAAUGUUUGGAAAUUGAAAUCAAACGCAAGUAGAAAAUAUUGCAAAGAAAGGUGAACUU